AUGAAUGCGAUUGAUGAAGCCACUAUGCUUGAAAUGUUAAUGAUUUAUAGACAGAAUCAAGCUCAUGUGCCAAUCCUGAAGUUGUAUGUUGAGUUCGAGCAAUUGGGUAAUACCCACGAAGCAGAUGAAUCGUUGCUAAGUGGAGAAGACAACAUAGACUGGAAAGAAAACAAUAGUGAUAGUGAAGAAGAGUUCUUAGCCAACAAUGACAUGUUGGGAGGAAACGACGGAGGGAACAAGAGUCAUCCUGAAAGGGAAGUUCAUGGUUCAAUAAACACGAUCGCAAGCCGAUAUUCAUUCGAUGUGCCAUUUUUCAUGCGUGCUUUGGACCUCGACGCUAUGCACGCACCAGAAUUUGCUGAGUUUGCAAAUCCAAGCAUUCCCUUUGUGCAAGAUGGUGAGUUUGCUGUUGGAAUGGAAUUUGGUUCUAGGGAGGAUAUGGUCAUGGCAAUUAGGAGGUAUACCCUUUCUAAAGGGGUCGAUUACAGGGUCUACGAGUCUGAGCCUCUGACGUUUUAUGCAAAGUACCUGCAGUAUGGUAGAGGUUCUGAUUGGCUAAUUCAGGCUAGUUUGAUUCAACGAAAGUGUUGUUGGAAAAUUAGGCGAUACAAUGAAAGUCAUAUGUGUACUAUGGGAAUGAUUUCUCAAGACCAUUCAAAAUUGGAUUCAGACACAAUUGCGGAUGCUAUCAGGCCUCUAGUUGAAGUCGACCCAUCCUUGAAGGCCCGACUCGUCAUUGCAGAUGUUCAAUCGAAGUUCAACUAUACUAUAAGUUAUCGCAAAGCUUGGUUGGCAAAACAAAAGUCAAUUGCAAAAAUGUUUGGUAGUUGGAAAGUUUCUUAUGAGUCUUUUCCUGCAUGGUGUAUGGCAAUGUGUGCUCAGAACCCAGGAUCCAUGGUUCAGCAAGAUACUACACCAGCAUAUCAUGGAUCUGAAGUGGAGGAAGGCAUCAAAAUAAUGCAUCGAGUUGAUGGCACACAUCUGUAUGGUAAAUACAAAGGAGCUCUAUUGGUUGUUGUGUCUCAAGAUGGAAACAAAAAUAUUGUGCCACUUGCUUUUGCCAUUGUUGAAGGAAAGACUGCCGAUGUAUGGUAUUUUUUCCAAAAUAAUCUACGGAGGAAUGUCGUCAGGAGGGAUGGUGUAGGUAUUAUUUCUGAUUGGCACGACUCUAUUAGCGCAGCGAUGGCUAGAUGUAACGAUUCGUGGAGUCCUCCGAGGGCAUUUCAUCCUUUCUGUGUGAGGCAUAUCGCAUCAAACUUCUUACGAAGAUUCAACUCACCGUACUUGCAGAAACUCAUUGGUGUUCGAAGACAGAACAACAAUUAG